CACACCAGAGGUGGUUCUUCUCCAGCUUUCUGCAGGCUGCGUCUUGUUGAGAGUUAAAUUGCCAGGGAAACAAGGUCUGAGAUCUCUAUCAAGAUUGAUUACUGUCUUAAGGGCUGAUAUACUGAAGUGCAUCAGAAACAUUGUCUCUUACUGCAGAGGGAAGAGUGUGGAAGAAUCUGAAUAUAUAUAUAUUCCACCACUCAUACCAAAAAAAAGGCAGAAAUGGCACACGUGAGAAAAAAGUUUAUUGAGAUUCUGGAAAAAGUCAUGAAAGAAGGAGAGCAGAUGACACCAGAGGAGAUGCUGAUUACUCAUGAAGGAAUUGUAUAUCCAACUGUCUUUUGCAACCCAGAGCAGUUCAAAGCUUUGGAGGUCUUCCAAGCUAGGAGUGAUGAUGUAGUUCUAGCAGGAUACUGCAAAUCUGGUACCAACUGGGUUGGCCAGAUUGUUACUGAUUUAGUAAUAACAUCCGCAAAGAAAUAUGAACCAGAGAAGUUGAAUGAAAAACUGCUCCUAGCAGAAUUUCCCUAUCUCGAAAUAGGAGAUACUGAAAAGUAUAAGAGGAUGGAUACUUAUCCUUCCAGGAGAGUGAUGUUUACUCAUCUCCGUCCUGAUAGAUUCCCACCAUCUAUUUUCAAGAACAAAGCCAAAGUGCUGAUGCUGAUUCGAAAUCCAAAAGAUGUUGCUGCAUCUUUUUUCCAUUUUUCAAACAACUUCAGUCCUUAUCCUCCCUAUGAUACAUUUGAAGAGUUCUUCCGAGCUUUAAUGAUAGGAAAAAUGCCCUGGGGAUCCUAUAUAGAAUAUCUUUGUACAUGGAACAAGUAUAUUGAUAAAGAAAAUGUCUUGCCAAUAACAUAUGAAGAGAUAAAAGAGAACCCAGCGUUAGGAGCCAAAAAGAUUUCCACAUUUCUUGAAUUGAACUUAAAUGAGGAAGACUUUCAAGGUGUUGCAGAAAGGAGCACAUUUAAGACGAUGAAAGAAAAAUCUAAAACAACCCAUGGAGAAUUUGGUGAAGUUCUUUUCCGGAAAGGUGGAGUAAGUGACUGGAAAACACUUUUUAGUGAAGCAAACAACAAGGAGAUGGACACCGUAUUUAAAGAGCGCUUAGAAGGAACCAAAGUGGGAAAAUUGAUAAACUAUGAUCGUUACUGCAAGACAUGAAGAUCAAGGAAAAAAGCUAUCAGCUCCAGUCUAAAACAAUUCCACUCUUAGAAACAAGGCAUUCUAUUUACUUGUAAUAAAUGUAUGAGUUUUAUGUAAUCUCUGCUCUGAUAUCUCUAAUCCCUAAUCUGAAAGGGGAAUAGAAAUUAUUUCAAGAAGUUUCUGACAAAAUUUAUAUAAAUUUCUAAGCUUAAUUGCAUUACUUAAACCUGCUGAUAGCAUAUUCAUUUCUAUUCAGAUUUAUGACAAAAUAUUUUAGAACUAUAAGACAACUGCAUAGAUGUUAGAAAGAAAUCUAAAAUAUGACCUUUUAUUGUAUAGAAAUCAACAAGCUCUUAAUCACACUACUUCUUCAACCAUACAUAUGUUUGUGUGUGUUUAUUCACACACCCAUAUACACAGAUUUUCAUAUAUAUUAUUAAAUACUGAAAUCAAUUUGAAAUGUAAUUAUGUAUUGUUCAUUGAAAUCUUAAUCAUAAAUCGUAACAGAAAAUUAAUUGAUUGCAUGCUGCCAAUCUAAAUGAAUGCUAGUAACAGGAAAUUCACACUUGUACACACCAACACAGGUAGAGAGAAAAGAAGGGAAGCCACCAGGUAGUCACAAAUAAUGAUCAUGUGAUGUUACACAUAACAAUUGUGCAGAAUUCAUUUAACAGUGGCAAUGAGAAUUGCCACAACUACUAUCAUAAGUCAAUCCACCUGCAUAACAACACAUUUACAACUGUGUCUAAUCCAGUUGCUGAUCCCGAUUACUGUACUUAAGCAAGGACUAUUGCACAAAAUUUUGAUCUAAAUACAGCAAAUAAAUAUUACUAAACCUAAAUAUGUCAAAUGUAAAAAAGAGUUUAAUUUUUCUGUGGAAAGCUGACUGUUGCAGAAGGAAAACAAAAAUAAAUGUAAUAGAUAUCCUAACCAUA